GCAGGCUCGCCAUUCCACAUUUGAGAGUCCCUCAUGCGUGAGUCAUGAGCACAGAGCGGUACACGGAAAACCAAAACAUCAACCCAAUAAAAAAAAUAGUUAUCGAGCAAACUACUGGAUAGCUAUUUACUCCAGAUCUGUGGUUAUGAAUCGCAAGGACAACGUAAACAAACAAUGUUUAGCCUAACACCGUGAGCAAGAGACCCUGUCAUGGACGACGAUGAUCACAAAGAACAGGAGCUAACAUGUGGUUGGCGCUCUUUCACGCCGAAAUUUCUACAAAAGCUCAAUACGCCAAAAUGGUUUCUUGUCUUCCUAACUAUAUACUCCUUCAUGCAAGGCAUGACAGCCAAUGGUUUCACAGCUGCGGGCCUGACAGCGUUAGAAAAACGCUUCAAGUUAAGCAGCAAGCAAACGGGCUUGAUAGUAGCAGCCAAUGACGUAUCUACACUGUUUCUAAUCAUCUUCAUCAGCUACUACGGCGGCCACAGGCACAAAGCUCGCUGGCUGGGCUUUGGAGCGCUAGUAACGAGCCUGGGCUGCUUGCUUUUCGCGCUUCCACACGUGCUCAUCGGCAAAUACCUCCCGGUUGAAUUCGAGCGUAUCAAUGAGGGAGGCGACCUCUGCUUAAUCAGGAACUCAACGACAAGUAGAACAGAUGAGGUCUGCACUAACGUGGUCUCGAACUCGGACUGGAAGUACAUGUUCGUGUUUAUAGGAGCCAAGUUACUGCUAGGAGCAGGAACAACGCCCCUAUUCACUCUAGGCCCAUCGUACAUUGACGAGAAUGUCGAUCCUAAAUCAGCGCCCAUGUACCUGGGCGUAUGGUUUAUCGCAACGUUUUUUGGACCAGGAAUUGGAUACGUGGCUGGCGGAUCACUGCUUAACAUAUGGGUAGACUUGAUUCAGCCCCCUGGAAUGACUCUCACACCAGAUGAUCCCCGCUGGAUCGGGGCGUGGUGGCUGGGGUACUUCUUCGGUGGGCUGCUUCUGUUGCUCUCUGCCAUCGCGUUACUGGGUUACCCGCGAGAGAUGCCUGGUGCGCGAGAAAUAAGGGCGCGCGCGAUCAAGGAGGGUCUUCUUCCCCCACGUGACGAGCACAUUCAAGGUCGACUCAAAGAUCUUUUCCCUGCGACCAAGGCAUUACUCACGAACGGCACGUUCAUCUGCAACACUCUAGCGCUCUCUGCGACUGCACUUAUCGCGACCGGGCUGGGCCCGUUCAUCUCUAAGUUCAUCCAGUCUCAGUUUGGCGAGCCCUCCUCCACAGCUGGUAUUCUGUCUGGAGUGAUCAUCAUCCCAGGGACCGCGGGCGGUAUUUUCCUGGGAAGUUACCUCGUCAAGCGCACAGAUCUGCGCAGAUCGUGUCGCACGGCGGCACGCUACUGCUUCAUCUUUCAGUUCAUUGGCACAUGGGGCGUGCUCACAUUCCUUAUACCGGGCUGCAAAACAAGUCAGAUCGCGGGCAUAAAUGCGCCCUAUGGAAAUAAUUCUGUGACUGGUCCAAACAUGACCACUCUGUGUAACGUGGGAUGUCAGUGUUCAAGCACGGAUUACUUUCCGGUGUGUGGUGUGGAUAAGAUCACGUACUUCUCGCCCUGUUACGCCGGCUGUCAGAAGAGAAUCGGUACAGAGGAGUUCGACAAAUGUCUAUGCAUCCAACCCGCAGUGGAAGGCACAGAGUUCGGGUUCGCUAAGAAGGGAGUGUGUGAUCGUGACUGUAAAAAUCUAGUGCCGUUCAUGCUUGGUGCAUUAGUGCUGCUCGUCGCGAACUUUAUGAAUGCCACACCUAACAAGACUGUCGUACUUAGGUGUGUACCAGAUAACCAGCGUACAUAUGCUCUUGGUCUGCAAUGGCUAUUUUUAAGCGUGUUUGGCUCGGUGCCGGGUCCUGUCUUGUUUGGCACCUUCAUUGAUCGGACAUGCACGUUGUGGGAGGACUCGUGUGGCAGUAGAGGGAGUUGUCUUGAAUACAACAAUGAGCUACUCAGUUACCUACUCAUUGCCUGUGGGUUAUUCUUUCAAGUUGUUUCAACCCUGCUGUACUUUUGCUCCUAUUACUGCAUCAAAAGGCGUGAAGACAAAGAAGCUGCAGAGGAAAGACAAAAUAACUCUUUCUCAGGAAUAACUUCUCCCGUGCCAGGCAUUAUUGGUAGACGAGAGGAAGUUUCAACAGCCUCUAAUGAUCUUCCUAUGGUGGGGUUUACUGGCAGACUCCUGAUAGAUCCAGUCAACCCACUCAUUCAACAUGAAACAUCAAUGUAGAUAAUAGGGUUUUCAUAAACACAAUUCACCGAAGGUUGGAGUAAAAAUCUUCAAGAAUUUAGAAUGAAAUUCAUUGUAUGACAUUCAUUACACUAGUUGAGAAGAGAGCUCAGAAAGAGAAAUCCAAAGAAAGCUGAUGUGUUUGUAGAUAUGAGAAAUUGAUAACAAAAUAUUGCAGCCUUGAAUCUGUGUGGCAAAAAGGGCAGUAGACAUCACACAUUCUCACAUUGAAUUGUUUUAGUGUCUUUUUCACAUUGUACACAGAAUGAAUUUAUACAGAAAAAAAAUGAAUUAAAUUGGGGUUUUAAUUUUUUAUUGUUAUUAUUAUUAUUGUGGGUUUUUAAAAAAACUUUUCCAUGAAAACUCAAUUGUAAUGAAAUUGUUUUUGUUUCAUUGCAAAAUAAGCCAUUCAUUUAAACUUUCAAUAUUUUUAUAAUGGUAUCUAGUUAAUUUUUUGGUUCUAACAUUGCAUAAAAGAUAGCUGAAUCAUAGAUAAAUUGAUGCAAGUAAAUAACACAGUAGCCUGCUUUCCAGUGGGUUUAUUCGGAAAUUACUGUUUUGGGGUUUUGUUAUUAAACUCUGAAAAUAGUAAUUUCUGAAUAAACCCACUGAAAAGCUGGCUAGCAGGUUAAUAUCACAGCAAUACACAUGAAUAAGUUACAGUCCAUGUGGAUUUUAUUAAUGGACUUUUACAAGGAUUUCUACUAUUUAUGAUAGUAAAUUAUCAAUGAAAAAAGAAGCACAGUUCAAGUUAAUAAUUUACGUGUAGUAUAGUGCAGUAGGUGUCUUAUUUAUUUAUUUAAAACCAACAGGUUGCCAGGGAAAAUAAAGAUAGGACACUAGGGGCAACUUUACAGUAUUUCUUAGUAUUCUAAUGUGUAUUCUUAUAAAGAUUUUUUAUUCUUUUAUUGUGAAAUUGGUUUAAGUAUUCGUAUACUCCUUACUUUCAUCAAUUUUUUUUGUAAUUGGAAAAUGCCUGACUAGGAAAAUAGAGGAUUGUUCAAAGUGUAGUUAAUAUAAAGACUUCUUCGAGUAUGAAGAACCAUAAAAAAAUCUUUCUAGUGUGCAACUAUAAUUUUAAAACUGAUUUAAAAAUAAAACUGAGAAGCUA